UCGAAAUAAGGUUUUUACAAGGUGCUUUUGAGGUUCUUCAACACUCGAACUUGUGGUUGAACUUCGAUUACAAUCCUAUUAUUUAUAAAAACGGUAACUUAAGUCUUUUUGCAAUAAUAUAUAUCUAAAUAUGACUGAUAAAAGCCACAAGUCGAGACUUACAUCUUACAAAAAUGUGGCACAAGGAACAAAUGAAUUACGCCGUAAGAGAGCAGAACUUAGUGUCACUCUUAGGAAGCAAGCCCGUGAUGAUCAACUCUUGAAGCGCAGAGCUCUCUCCCCUGAUGGCAGUGAAGAGGUGCAGUCCGACACUCCAUUGCCCACACCAGAGGAGAUUGUACAAGGUCUAAAAUCCAGCAAUGUAGCACUGAAGGUGACAUCGGCACGGGCGGCAAGGCGCAUCUUGUCCAAAGAGAAGAACCCACCCAUCACUACCAUGGUCAAUGCUGGAGUUAUAAAACCACUGGUUGAAGCUCUGGACAGGGAUGAUUGUCAAGAUUUGCAGUUUGAGGCGGCUUGGGCACUUACCAAUAUAGCAUCUGGCACACACGAGCAAACUAUGGCAGUAGUAGAUGGUGGUGCAAUUCCCAAACUAGUGGGAUUAUUAGCCCGCGGAGGCACAGUGGGAGAGCAGAGUGCGUGGGCGCUGGGCAAUAUCGCAGGCGACGGCGCCGCCACGCGCGACCUGGUGCUGUCCGCCGGCGCCCUGCCGACCUUACUGCCACUCCUCAACCCCACCACACCGCCAAGCCAGCUCAGGACUGCCGUCUGGACUUAUAGCAAUUUCUGCAGGAAUAAGAAUCCAUUAGUAAAGUUUGAAUUUGUUGCUCCGGCUCUGACGUACAUGUCGAAACUUCUCGAAAUAUCUGAUCAAGAUGUACUCGCGGAUGCGUGCUGGGCGCUGUCGUAUUUAACAGACGGGCCCAACGAGCGUAUAGAGGCGGUGCAGAACACACCACAGCUGCUGGCGCGCCUCGUGCGCUUGCUGGACCACACCUCGCCAGCAGUACGCACACCCGCCCUGCGCGCCAUUGGCAAUAUGCUCACCGGUUCUGACGACCAGACGGAUCGUUGCCUAGACGCGGGUACGCUGGACUACCUUGCGGGACUGCUGAGGUGUGGUAAACCUUCACUGAUGAAGGAGGCUGCGUGGGCCGUCAGCAACGUGUUGGCUGGCACUCAGCAGCAGAUCCAGCGUGCCGUUGACAAGGGAAUCCUCGGGCAUCUCAUGUAUGUCCUCUCCUGUGAUGAUGUUAAAUGUCAGAAAGAAGCAGCAUGGGCGGUCACCAACUUAUGUCUGGGCGGGUCUCCAGCACAGCUGGAUGCGCUGGUCGGUGUUGGUUUCCUCGAGCCCUUCUGUGCACUCCUCGGUUCACCAGACCAGCGAGCUAUUACUGUCGUACUGGAUGGUCUUACACACUUCUUACAGACUGCUGCCAAGUUUGGUCAGGUGGAGCGUCUCUGUCUACAACUGGAGGAGAUUGGAGCACUUGACCGUAUUGAAGCCUUACAAGAACAUGAAAAUGAACAGAUAUUCAAGAAAUGCUGCUUCAUCUUGGACAACUACUUUAUAGACCAGGAGGACCAGAUGGCUCAGCCGGAGCAGACCGAAGAGGAAUUCCAGUUCGGUUCCGGAGCCGAGAAUCGAAACUUCAACUUUUGAACAAUUAAAAAUGUUAGUAAAUAUAACAAUUGUUAGAAAAUGUAUCCAAAAUCAAAUUAAACUAGAAGUAAGGAAAAAUUCAAUGGGACAUCUUUUAGAUAAACUGAAACUGUUGUAAGAAAUUCAGUAUUGAAAACUGAUCUUUACGAGAGAAUUCUACACUUACCACUGCACUCUUAGUUAUCCACUCAGAAAGGUAGACUAAUAAAUAUUCCUAAAUCAAU